ACUCGAGACUGCAAUAGAAAAAAAAACAUCCUGCAGGAUGGAGAACCGAACAAAUCAGCCAUUGGGCACUAUAUAUAAGCGCUGUAUGUCUUGAUAGCACUAUAGUUCAAAUCGACUCAGCUUCAAGCAACAAGCUCCAAACAAAUUUUCAAAAAUGAAAUUCUUCGUUGUUGCUCUGGCAUUGUUCGCCGUGGCCGCCGCCCGACCCCAAGAUGACAAAUACACCACCAAGUACGACAGCAUUGACAUCGAUGAGAUCCUGAAGUCGGAUCGUCUGUUCAAGAACUACUACAACUGUCUGUUGGAUACGGGAGCUUGCACUCCGGAAGGCAACGAACUGAAACGUGUCCUGCCCGAUGCUCUGGAGAACAACUGCUCGAAGUGUAGCGAGAAGCAGCAAAUGUCCAGCACCAAGAUCAUCAAGUUCUUGACCGAGAACAAGCCCGAGGAGUGGGUCGCCCUGAAGGCCAAGUACGACCCGGACAACAAGUACGUCGAGAAGUAUGUGGCUGAUGCCGACAAGGAUGGAAUCAAGCUGUAAAAUAAAUGAAUGACUGAAAUGAAAUGCUACAUAUUGUUUAUCGAACAAUCGUUUUUUUUUUUGCGUUCAAAAUUGCGUCCUUUACCGUUGAUAAGUUCGAGUUCAGUUUACAGAUAUGAGAAAAUGAAUGGUUUAUUUUUCAUGAAAGUUGGCAUUGUCUAAAAUAACCACAAUUCCUUCUCAGCAUACAAAAAGCUACCAGGAGUUUUGCUGAACAAAAUUGUGCCAUGGAAGGCCUUAACCACAAAAUAUAGAUGACCUCAGAAAUGCUCUAGAAAUCUAUUUCAUAUACCAAGCAUUAUAUUAUGAAACAAACGGGCAUAUUUUUGUAUUUGUGAACUCCUAUUGAGAGAAAAUUACCAAUUCAAACCAUAUUUCUGAAUAUCAGAAUGGUUUGGAUUAUCCAGGAAGCCUCUCAGAUGUAUAUGCAUUAAUUGAUCAUCCAUGACUACUAAAACGUGUUAUCUAAGAAAGAAAUGUGGAAGAGAAAUGUACCCGAUGCAAGAGGGAAUAUCACAAUGAUUUGGAUGGACCAAGGCAUCGCCAGUGAUAAAGCUAUUGAACAGCAUCCGGGAUUAUGUCACUAUAGCAGUGGACUCUCUCCUGUAGGCAUAAUUAACGUGGCUACCGAAGGUAAGUUCAUCGUCGAUCAUCACCCAUCAGAGGUGUUUGACAAAGCACAUCGAAGUACAAUCGCCUGCAUAAAUCAUCGCUUACUGCCCCGACUUUCUAUUGUUAACAACCGCCACCUCAGUAUUAAGGUGAGCCAAUUCCAGUUUUCUGGAUCUCAUCAACUCCUCCACAACUAAGAUCGAGUGGGCAGUAGUCAAUUUCAUUUCUUCGAUCGAUUCACCGUAGACCUCCAAUAUCGUAAGCGAAGCCGACGAUCGUAACGCCCACCGGGAAUUUAAACUUAACCUCAACACCUCGUCAUACAUGACAUUCUAAAGCACCGGGCCCAGGAUGGAACCUUGCGGAACUCUUAAAGUUAUGUGAAAGCUAUUCCGACACACCUCUGUGUCAUAAGCUAGGACUAUAUUUUUGAGGCUUCCAAGAAUCUUGUACAAGUACCAGGGUAUCUAAGACGCAGGAGCGCAGUGGCAAUAGCCGUCCAACUGGUACAGUUGAACACGCCCAGCAUCAUUACUGCACAACAGCGAAUCCUUCUUCUCUUACGCUGGAGAGCUUUUUCAGUGGUCUUUAUAACCGAAAACAGCGUCAAUGAUCAACCUCUCUUCCUCCCUUUCCGGAAGCCGUAAUAGGUACCAGGCACUGCCGCUUCCAAUCCUCCGGGUAGAUUUAUUCGUUCAGGCAUUUUUGUAAGGAAGAUUUAAUCAUCCUGGAAGCCUUAGUAAUAACUACUUUUAAGACCAGGUUCGGAACACCGUCCAGACUUGGGGUGGCACCUACACUAAGGGAUUUUGCUAUCCCCAUAAGUUCCGCAUCGGUGACCCUCCCCUCAUUGCCAGCCCCAGCAAACCUACGAAAGAGAGCCAAGAACUCAGAUCAUGACGCGAAAAGAUCGCAUGUCUGGAAACAUUAUCUACACCUCUUGUCUUGGCCAUCACGAUUCUGUAGGCAUCACCAGCCCCCCCUCACUUUGGCAGUCUGACAGAGACCCUAAAAGUAGGCCUUUUUGCUUGCCCUUAUCUCGGUCUUCAGCGCGACUGUGGAAGCGGCGAAUAUCUCAUUUCACUCCUCAUCAGUACGUGCUCGCUGUAUGUACCACCCGUAGGGCUGGUGCGGCGCAGGUUCGCCACCACUGGAGUCCACCAGUACGCCAGUGGUUUCAAUUCCUAGGGUAGACUUGACUAGGAAUGAUCACAUCGCAUGCAUUAAGACCACCGCUACCAGCUCAUCACUGCUAAGACCGAGUAAGUUUCGCUCACGGCGGAACGCCACUCUAAAUAGCUCGUCGUUGAAGUAUGAUGUCUUCUUCCACCUAUGAGGGCUUGGCCUUCUGUUGUUGUAGUCGAUACAGAGUAGCGAACAGCGAGGUGGUCGCUAUGAGUAUAGGCAUCAUACUCCCUCCACUUCGAACUCUCUGUUAGGCCAGGACUACCAGAGGUAACGUCGAUGAUCAACAUCGCUCCGUUCCGGCUAAAGGUACUUUUGGUACCGACAUUGGAUAGGUCGAUAUCUAGCAUGACUAGAGCCUCUAGCAGGAUCUUACCUCGCUAAUUCCUGAGACGGUUCCCCAUUCUACGGCCCAGGCAUUGAGGUCACCCGUUA